UCAGAAGUAGAAUGCAUCAGUUUGCUAAUCAGUGCAUGCAAGUAUGCUAUCAGCCUUUCGAGAAACUCUGUACAACCCUAACGUCGCGGGUUCCGCUUCAAUACGCGGUUCGCACGGCGACAUGGGAAGAUGGCUUACAUUCAUUGUGCUGACGGCAAUAAUCCUUGCUCAUCACGCAAAUUGCCGCAAACUCCGGGGAACAGGAAGGCAUUCCCGAUCAGAGUGUGGGCGUUCGGAACCAUUAGGUCGCAUCAUCAACGGAGACAAAAUGAGCAAGUUACAAAUACCGUGGAUUGUGUACGUGACUACAACCUUAAGAGACCAGAACGGCCAAAAUCAGAUGCUACGCUGUGGUGGAAGCAUUUUAACAAAUAAGGUCAUAUUAACAGCGGCUCAUUGCGUAAAACGUCCUAACGACACCUUGGUCAACGCCACCGUCUACUACAACACAAGCGAAGCCUCGGGAGGACAUAUGUCGCCGGUGCAUCGAGUUAUUGUUCACCCUAAAUACAAAGAUAUCAACGAAGGCUAUGACAUUGCUAUGAUGAGUCUGGCGGUGCCACUUCAUUAUGACCGAUACGUAAGGCCCAUCUGCUUACCGAAGAAAAGCAGAACGCUUGCCGAAAGGCCUGUUCUGGCUGCAGGCUGGGGAUACACUAAUCCAGCCGGCAACUCUUCAGACCAGCUUCUUUACGUAGUGCUGAAAGUUUUGCCCGACUGGAGAUGCAAGUGCGAACUGCACCACACGACUGCAGCGAAUGUCAGCAGCUCGCUAUUGUUGUGUACUCACACUCCUGCGAAAGACAUCUGCUUGGGCGAUUCCGGAGGACCGCUGACGGUGUGGAACAGGAAUGGUUUGUCGGUACAAGUGGGCGUGGUGUCGUUCACUUUUGGGUGCGGCUCUUCCGGUCACCCAAGCGGAUUUACUCGUGUGUCUGGCUACACUGGAUGGAUAAAAGAAUCGCUGAAAGUGCGCCACAGCUGGAAAAAAUUGCCCUUAGAAUUCAAGGAAUAAAUAAAGAGGCCCAACUUUCCCCCA